AUGACUAAUAUGGGGACAGAGGUUCCAGCAUGUCAACCAUGUCAAAAUUCAGGGUCGAUCUGUGAAUAUACAGACGGGCGUUCAGGCAAAAUUCACCUGAGAAGCUUCAUCCACGAACUUGAGAGAGAACUCAUGGCCUUAGAGAUGCAGGUCCAUAAUGCUGAGAAUGCAACGACCGAAACAUCACCAGACACUUCGAACCUACGAUCUGGCGAUGAAGCAACAAAGACUUUCACCGACAGUAGUGAGGGGCAACCUACCUCCAUCGGGCCUUCAAGUGGAAUCCACUUGGUUCGAUCAGCCCUCGAGUACGCCCAACAGGAUUACUCGAAUCUCGAAACACCAUCAGACUCUGCAGAAGCGCGACCCACACCUCGAGAGCCACAGAAGAAUGAUUCAAGGGUUGGAUUACCCCCACGAGAGUUGGCAAAUAACCUCAAAGACACGUUCUUUAACUGUUAUCAAGUUCAAUAUCCGAUUCUCAACCAGCAACAAUUCGAGGAUACCAUGUCACAAUUCUACGAUCAUCAUGAUGGCAGAAGUGAUAUUUCUAACUUGUCGCCUGCUGAUGUACGGGUGCGUUUCAUGAUCAACAUGGUACUUGCGAUCCCCCUCAUGUCCAUGGCAGGGGACCAUGACGAAAGCCAUGCACUAGCAAAAGGUUUCACUACCAAUGCCAUGGCUGAUGUGAGCCAUAUAAUGCAGACGAAGAACGUUCAAUCUCUUCAAUGCCUACUGCUACUCUUGUUACUGUCGAUAGUGGACUCAGCUCCUGCGCCUGUCUGGUAUAUAUCGGGUCUUUGUAUGAGGAUGUGCAUUGACCUAGGAUAUCAUUCGGAAAGGACUAUCGGUAUGUCUUCUUCGGUGGGCGCCAUUGAGACAGUCAAAGAGAAAGAAGCGGAUAUCAGGCGGAGACUCUUUUGGAUUGCGUACAGUUUUGACAGAACCUUCAAUAUUCUGCUGAAUCGUCCCUUUACCUUUGACAAUUUGUCAGUAGAUAUUAACUUGCCAGGCUGCUCGUUGGCGUUUGCAACCCGACGACAGACAUUACACUGGCUGGAGCUGCAACGCCUGCAAAGCGAAAUUGUCCAUAGGCUUCAUAGCGCCCGAGAAGUCAUGGAUCGGGAUCAUACGGAAGAGUCAGAGCUCCAGCUGUCUCAAUGGACGAACAAAAUGGUACAAAGUCUGAAAGAUUGGAAUAUCUUCGCUCAAACUCUUGCUGACCCUGGCGGCUACGACGUCAAUUGGUGGAGCUACUGGCAUAGAACAGCUUUGCUUAUUCUAUAUCGGCCAUCCUUGCUACGGCCAAGCCUUAGUCCAUCCGAGACUCUAUCUUGUUACAUGGCCGCGAAGGAGCUCAUACAACUAUCAUUCCUCCGCAUCAGUGAGGGUCUCGCAGACUUUACAUGGAUUGACCUCCAUUUCCAGUUCAUGAGUGGCAUCACUAUGAUCCUCAUUAUAUGGAAGAAUGUAGAAGCGAGGAACAAGGCUCAAGAGGAUUGGGUCUCACUUAAGAGUAGCCUGUUUCAGUGGAAACUCAUAUUGGAGAGACUUGGAGCUCGUUGGGAACGGAUCGGUCGAGCUCGCGAAGUACUCUCGAAGUUGGCCGAUGCUACUGUUGAUCUUGUGGAGAAGGGUUUAUCAAGAUCCACAGGAGAUGUUUCUCAGUCACGACCAUCACAAAACAUGAGAGAAACGCGACGCAGUCAAAGGCGCUCGAUCGUACAAAGACUUCGAAAUUUAUCUCAGCAAGAUCAAAGUCAGACUGGAGGCAACGGGAACUCAAGUUUACCUUGUUUGAAUGGAGUGUCCAACAGAGAUACCACACAGCUGCUCAAUGAUAACAGAAAUCUCGAACGUCGGGUUCAAGACAUGACCAACACACAAGACCUUCCAUCAGGGUGGAGCUGGACUGACUCUGACACUAAUCUGCAACAAGAGACAGCACUCGGGUCACAAGAUGUCAGCAAUGACUCAAAUUUGGAGGCAGAAGAAACACUAUGGCCACUACUCGAUCUAUCCGAGAUCACGACCGGCGCUGAUGAGUUAAAUCUCUGGGCGUAUUUCUCAGCUCCAAUGCUGGGUAUGGAAAAUACCGCCAUCCCAAACUUCAACAUCAGACCUGAUGAAUCGCUGAACAAUAGCAUCCUCAACUUCCAAGGAGAUCUCAGUCACUUGCCUCAGAUUGGAACUAAUAGCACUGAGGAGAGUGAUUAUAUACAAGGAUAUUAUGCUACCCAGUAA